UUUACCUUGCGUUGCCUUGCUUCAACAAAAGAGCGAAAAACAAGUGGAAUCUCCUUAGUAUUUCGCCCAGCCCUCUCGUAGCCUUUCUAAAACGUGCUCGGUUGCAGCAGAAGCUUCAGCAAGGGAUUAGGAAAACCAGAUAAAGAGCAUUGCAAACAUUGUCUCGGCGUUUGCAAACAGGUGUUUUUUUUCCUGUUGUGGCUGCGCAUUAAGCUUCAUUCACGACUAUCUGCCUACUCGACUCUCCAUGUAGUUUAGUGGGAUGAUGCAAAACCGCUUAUAGAGAAUGUGUCUGUGCGUAUUUGUUGUGUUGCCGAGAAAAUGACACAGGUGGAGGACCAUGCGAUGCGCUGUGGUGAAACUCUUUGUGCAGCAUCAGAGUGGAACGCGUGCCUUUUAUUUUUUGUUGAGUAUCACUUUUUCUCGGAGAUACAGCGCACAAUUUCCGAAUAACGCCCAAAGUCAUGAAAAAAGAUCCAUCUGGACGUCAUCUAACUGGCUUUACAGCACCACGGGGACUUUUUUGUAAUUACCGACUGUAGCCAAUUUUGCACAUUCCUCGCUAUUUACCGAAUUCGUUUUAGUUACUGACGACUGUUACCACUGCGCCGGGACGUUUUCCUUCAGAAUCCAGUUCGCUGGAUUCAGGAAGGGUGAUUUUAUUCAGUUUACUCUGGAAGUUUUUCCCAGAGCGCUGUCAAACUGGCCAUGGCUGCAGCAAUCGCCAGCUCCCUUAUUCGGCAGAAAAGGCAGGCGAGGGAGCGGGAGAAGUCCAAUGCCUGCCGCUGCGUUAGCAGCCCCAACAAAACCAAGGGAGGCUGUGAAAAGCCGAGUCGACUGAGCGUGUUUUCCCGGGUCAAACUCUUUGGCUCCAAGAAGAGGCGAAGGCGGCGACCAGAGCCCCAGCUGAAGGGGAUUGUGACAAAGCUGUACAGUCGACAGGGUUUCCACCUGCAGCUACAGGCAGAUGGAACCAUUGAUGGGACGAAGGAGGAGGACAAUGGUUACACCAUGUUUAACCUUAUUCCAGUGGGGCUGCGAGUGGUGGCCAUCCAGGGGGUGCAGACUAAACUCUACCUGGCCAUGAACAGUGAGGGCUACCUGUACACAUCAGAACACUUUACGCCGGAGUGCAAGUUCAAGGAGUCAGUGUUUGAGAACUAUUAUGUGACAUACUCCUCCAUGAUCUACCGCCAGCAGCAGUCGGGCAGGGGCUGGUACCUCGGUCUGAACAAAGAAGGAGAAAUCAUGAAGGGGAACCAUGUCAAGAAGAACAAGCCAGCAGCCCACUUCCUCCCCAAACCUCUGAAAGUGGCCAUGUACAGAGAGCCGUCCCUCCAUGACUUGACAGAGUUCUCCCGCUCCGGCAGCGGCACACCCACCAAGAGCCGGAGUGCCUCAGCUGUGCUCAACGGAGGCAAAGCCGUGAGCCAGAAUGAGUCCACGUAGCCCGGCCACCAAACCCAGGCCUGGGGCAGAACCACGAAACCUUACCUCCAGCAGAGCGUGAAUCCAAACAGACUUCUCUCUCCAAUCAGCGGUUCAGGACUAGCUACGACAACAAACCACACCACACACCCACACACCACCAGUCACUAUCUAUUAGGUACCAUCCUGUUCAGUCUUUGUUUCCUUCUCAACACAACAUCAGUAACAAGACAGUUAACGACACAUGCGCCAUUCUGGAAUAGAAAAAAAAAAUGUUGAAAAAUGACUUUCUUUUGGGCUUGCGAUUUAUUUCUUCUUCUUGGUCACUCUUUUCUGUUGAUGACCGUGUACCAGUUAGCUCAUCUUUAAGUUGUUUUAUUUUUCUUUAUUUCCUGUGGACAAUAACUUUUUUUCGUAGGUCAUAUAGACACCAACCACUCGUGCAUCUGUCAGACAGGGACAGGGAGGUAGACAGGUAGGCAGCCAGUAAUGGUGCUGGUCGACAAGGCUGCAGAGGUACAGUAGAGUACCCCUGUUCUCUGUCUCGUCCAUGCUUCUGUGAAUAUGAAGCCUAUAACCUCCCUGGUGCGGCGCAGCCUGGCACUGCUGGGAUUGUGGCCAGCCAGACGGUAGCUCUCCUGCGUCCUAGUGCACACGCUCAGACUGAGCUCUCUAGCAUGGGAAAAUAAAGCCUAUGUUCAGCUGACCUGAAAUAUGAGGGGCAGCGUGGCUCCUGCAGUUUUUUGUUUUUCUUUUUUCCGAGAUGCCACAGCUGCACCUUGCUUUUGCUAAUUUUAUGAAUUAGCUGAGAGCUUUUUAUUCGUUAACAGAUUUUUGUUUUUUUUUCCCCCCUCUUGUGCUCUUCCUUUGCCCCUCCUCGGUAUUUGUGUUGUUGUUGCUGUUUCACCAUUGAAAGGGGUUCCAGCACACCAAAGACAGAACUGAACGAGUGUCCCUUUAAAAGCCGUUGAAAACCAAGCCAGUAUAGAGGCACAGCUGGACCUUUUUUUUUUUCAUUGUACAUUUUUCAUGAGAGAAAGAAAAUAUUUAAGGAAGAGAGAAACAAUGGAUGAAGGAAGGGAUUUUCAAACACAUGGGAGUUGGCAGCGUGCUCUGUAUUCUAGUGCUUUUUGCUGAUGCGCUCUAAGACAGAAGUAUGAAGCGACUGUUCAGUGUCCCCAUUCCCUUCUGUCUCUACUGUGUCACAAUGUCUCUGUCUCCUGUCCUCGUGGUCUGUUUCCUCCCCUGUGCUUGUGUCAUGGAUCCACCCCCACCCCCCACCCCCACCAUCCCUUUUUUGUCAGCUUUUAUUGACUGAUUCAGUUCACCAUAGGAAUAUGGUGUGACCCCCACCCUACCCCACCCCCUCCCAGGAUGCUUGUUAUGUGUUUGAGUAACUUAUUGUGGUGACAAUUUUCUAUAUUUAAAAAAGAAUACUGUGGACUUUUAGGUGGCUUAACAUUUUAUAGGAUAUGUCAUAUUUGUAAAAGUGGAAAAAAAAAUAGAAAAAAAAAACAACAUAUAUACAAAAAAUGAACAUCUUCCCUUUCUUGCACAGGGCAUGUACAAACACAAUUAUGUACAAAAAGGACCCUUUUUGUGGGCUUGUACUCUUUCCCUUCAGCUACAUAACUUCUUUCUGGUACAUGCUUCUGGGAGGUUUUCUUUUCUUGGUUUCCUCCAGAGGUGGUUUUUAUUAGGUGAACCUAUCUGUUGCAUGGGAGAAAGCAGGGAAUUCUGGUCUAGAGCUGCAUGAUGUAGGCUAUGUGUAUUAACCCAUGUUGGAUCAUGUGUUCCAAACUACCAGGCUAAAUCUGAUAAAACAACAUGUACAGACAGGCUAUGUGGCUGUCUGAUACCUUCCAGUUGUUUAUUAUUUGUUGUAUACACAAAAUGCACUGAAUAAAAUGUUUAUAUUAAGAUA